CUACCAGAACUGAAAAUUGUCUCUUGUUGUUUUGGUAUUGUCGCAAUUUCCACCCAAACUGUUCAAUAUGAUCCCCCUAUUUCCGAUUUCGAUGCAUCUUAUAAAUACAAAACAGCAACAACUUAUCUUUCUCCCUCGUCUUGUCCAAACACAAAUUUCCUAUUUCUGACAGCCAAACAAACCCUUUUCCAUCAUCACCAUUUUCUCUCGACUCUGUUUCAUUUGCAAAGAAAAAAAUUGAAGUCGCCAUUGGUCUCUUUGUCCAAAUCGGGAAAAGGGACCGAGAAAAUGGCGAAUUUCAUGAUGGAUAAAUAUAUUGUUCCUGCUUUCAUUGUUUCUUUAUUAGGUUUUGUUGUUAUUUAUAUUUUACGACCAAGAACCCCCCCUAAUAAUUACAAGAAAAAGGAUCCUAAAUCUGCCGAAAAAUGUGAGACCCAUAAUGUCAUAAAGGGUGUUUGCAAAUCGGGCAAAGGGAGGAGCGAUACGGAUGUUAUUAUUGUUGGUGCUGGAGUCGCUGGUGCUGCUCUUGCUCAUACCCUUGGAAAGGAAGGGCGAAAAGUUCACGUUAUUGAAAGGGAUUUGACAGAGCCAGACCGGAUUGUUGGCGAGUUGCUACAGCCUGGGGGUUAUCUAAAAUUGAUUGAGUUGGGCCUUGAAGAUUGUGUUGAGGAUAUUGAUGCCCAACGGGUGGUUGGAUAUGCUCUUUUCAAGGAUGGGAAGAGCACAAAUGUUUCCUAUCCUUUGGAAAAUUUCCAUUCGGACGUGGCUGGGAGAAGCUUUCACAAUGGGCGUUUCAUACAAAAGAUGAGAGAAAAAGCAGUUACUCUUCCCAAUGUACGAUUAGAGCAAGGUACCGUAACAUCCUUGAUUGAAGAAAAUGGAUCCAUAAAGGGUGUUCAGUACAAAACGAAGGCUGGUCAAGAACUUGCACAUGCUCCUCUUACAGUAGUGUGUGAUGGGUGCUUUUCAAACUUGCGACGCUCUCUUUGCGACCCUAAGGUUGAUAGUCCAUCUUGCUUUGUUGGUUUGGUAUUGGAAUUGGAGAAUGGUCAACUUCCAUAUCCCAACCAUGGGCAUGUUAUUCUGGCAGAUCCUUCACCCAUCUUAUUUUAUCCUAUCAGUAGCACGGAAAUUCGCUGCUUGGUUGAUGUACCUGGUCAAAAGCUACCUUCUCUUGCUAAUGGUGAUAUGGCAAAUUAUUUGAAGACUGUGGUGGCUCCCCAGGUCCCACCUGAGCUACGUGAUGCAUUUCUGUAUGCAAUUGAUAAGGGACAUAUUAAAACUAUGCCAAACAGGAGCAUGCCAGCUGCUCCCUAUCCUACACCUGGAGCUCUGUUGCUAGGUGAUUCAUUCAACAUGCGCCAUCCUUUAACUGGUGGGGGAAUGACUGUUGCACUUUCAGACAUUGCUGUGUUAAGGAAUCUUCUUAUGCCAUUACAAGACCUGAACGAUGCAGAUGAAUUAUGUAAAAAUCUGGAGUCCUUUUAUACUUUGCGCAAGCCAGUGGCUUCCACGAUAAAUACUUUGGCUGGAGCUCUGUAUAAGGUGUUCUGUGCUUCUCCUGAUCAGGCGAGGAGGGAGAUGCGAGAGGCGUGUUUUGACUAUUUGAGCCUUGGAGGCACUUGUUCAACUGGACCCAUAGCUCUACUCUCUGGUCUUAAUCCUAACCCGCUGAGCUUGGUGCUCCAUUUCUUUGCAGUGGCCAUUUAUGGAGUUGGUCGUUUACUUGUGCCUUUUCCUUCUCCAAAGAAGUUGUGGAUCGGAGCAAGAUUAAUCUCGUCUGCAUCAGGCAUCAUAUUUCCCAUCAUUAAGGCAGAAGGGAUCCGGCAAAUGUUUCCAACAACACUACCAGCACAUUACAGAGGCCCUCCCACGAACACUGAGUCAGAUUAAGCAGAAAAUUUGUUGAAGUUUUGUUCCAUGAAUAGCAUUAACAUUUACACAUUUACUUUCUCGAAGCAAGAGGUGUAAGUUCCAAUCUCUCCUCAUCCCCAAGCCCCCCACACACACAAAAAAAAAAGAAUGACGAGACACUAAACCUUAUUGCAGGCAUAUUAAUACCAAAAGGAACCUCAAGUACGUAUUCUUUGAUAUCUAGUCAGACUCCCUAUCCUGUAAAAGUGAAUAUUGUGCCUUUUUCACUAUAUAUCUUGGACAAUACAAUUUGAAAGUCGUUUGUAGUUCUAAGUUAGACAUCAACCACAAUGUUUCUCUACUGUACAUCACAUUUAUGUAUUUAUCAGGCUGUUAAAGAUCUGCCUUAGUGUCCUCAUUGUAAGAACCACGCAAUAAAGAGUUUAGUUAGAUCA